GGUAUUUCUACUAAUUCAACUUAAACUACAUUAUAUCGAAAUAAAAAGAUCAAAUGGGUCUUCUUACGCUACUUCGAAAACUGAAGAAAAGUGACAGGGAGCCUCGUAUUUUGAUUCUUGGCCUCGACAAUGCGGGUAAGACUUCAAUUUUGCGUAAAUUAUCUGAUGAAGAUCCAACAACAACUCAAGCGACACAGGGUUUUAAUAUCAAGUUAAUUGAAUGUGAUGGGUUUAAGUUAAAUAUGUGGGAUAUUGGUGGCCAAAAGGCAAUUCGUGCUUAUUGGCCAAACUAUUUCGAUGAAGUGGAUUGUCUAAUAUAUGUUGUUGAUGCAGCGGAUAAACGGCGCCUUGAUGAGACAGCGGCUGAGCUCGAUACCCUUUUGAAAGAAGAAAAACUCCGGGAGGUUCCAGUGCUUAUCUUUUCGAACAAAUGCGAUCUUGCAACUGCUUCAUCACCUGAGCAUGUUAGCACUGUCCUCAAUCUGCAUCUUCUGCGUGACAGGACUUGGUCAAUUCAGAAAUGCAGUGCCAAAACUGGCGAAGGACUUCACGAGGGGCUGAAGUGGGCUAUCGAAAAUACCAAAAAAUAGACAGCUAUAAUUUAAUCAUCAUUUGUUAGUAUUAGUAGGAAGGAUUUCUUUGUUCUUAUGCAAACUACGUGUAUAUCGAAAAGCUGUGCUGUAUAUAUCUGAAUUUGUGGAAGUUGAGCAUUAUAUAUUAAAAUAUAUACAUA